AUGGCCCGCAUCGUAACCUGCACCCUCCGCAUCGCCUCCGUCUCCCUCCCAACCAACAUCCGCCUCGCCAUCGCAGCCUCCAUCUUCGUCGCAGCAGGCAUCCUCCUCAUCUUCAUCAUAAACCUCAUCUGGUCCCAACGCAUUCUACGCGCCCACCACCCCGUCGGCUGGCACCCCUUCAUCCGCUGGGUCUUCAUCGGUCUAUACGUCGUCAUCGUGUUUACCCUCGCAAUCCUCAUUACCGCCGUGGUGCAGAGCUUCUACACCUUGAGGCCGCGUACGAAGACGAUCGAUAGGAGUCUGCAGUUGUAUGGCUCGACGUUGUUCGCGAUAGUAUCUUUUCUACCGAUUCCGAUUGUGGGACUGAGUCUUGCGCUGUCGAGAGCGUCGAAGAGAGAGGUGGAGAAGUUCGGGCAGGGGAGGCAUAGGACGAAGAUUUAUGUUCUUCUUACGGGCGCGACGCUGUGUUGUCUUGGGGCGUCGUACCGCGCGGGUACGUCGUGGAUGACGCCUGUGCCGUUGAGUCAACCGGAGCCAACGCGGUUCUAUAAGGGUUGGUUUUAUUUCAUGAAUUUUGGGAUUGAGAUCAUGAUCGUGUAUCUUUAUGCGGUUAUGCGUGUUGAUUUGAGAUUUCAUGUUCCGAAUGGAGCGCAUGGGCCGGGGAGUUAUAGGAAGGGGGCGCAAGGGGGAGAAGAGGUUGUGAGGAGGACGUCGGAUGUGGAGAGUAUGGGGGAUAUGGAGAGGACGGAGACUGAGGAAGAGACGAAGAGGAAAGAGGGGCAAGAGGUUUAG